AUGCUGUUUGCAUACAAAGCAGGGCAGGCGCGGCUGGGAUGUGGGCUGGAGCUCGCCUUCCACGCCAACUUCACCUUCUCCCUCUCGCCUCAAUCUGGCCGCGUUGGCUUCAACGGCUUUGCCUUUGUCGUCUCGGCGACGAACCGGGUGGGGAGCGGCACCGGUGUGGGGUAUGGUGGAAUGGACAAGCACAGUGCGGCGGUGGAGUUCGACACUCGGCAGGACAAGCAGCAUGGCGAUAUGAGCAGCCAGCAUGUGGGGCUGAAUGUUCGAGGCAAAGACAGGUCGAUUGCCGCUGUGCGGUCACCGUUCCCCUUGAGCAGCAGGAAGGCGUACACGGCGUGGGUGGACUAUGAGCCGGGGGACCCCGACACCAUCCAGGUCUUCCUGGCUGACUCGCAGGAGAAGCCGCAGCAGGCGGUGCUGGAGAGGAGGCUGGCGCUGUGUGAGGUGCUGCAGGGUGCAGCCGAGCAGCCCGCCUUCUUCUUUGGCUUCGUGGCGUCCACCACUGUGAAGCCGUUUCAGCGUCACGUCAUUCUUGAAUCUGCAGUGGACACAGGUCUUCCUGCUUCUCCUCGACCAGUCACACGUAUUCCAGCGUACGGCCUACGACUAAGAACGGACACGUACCUGCCAGAGUGGGCCAGCCCCUUCCCGCGCUAUGUGAGUGCGGACUACCGAGUGGCGCCCGACAAGCAGGACUCGUGGGUUGUCAGCAACUUCCACUCCUGGGACUCUGUGCCCUUCCUCGGCUGGCCUGUCAAGGACCAGAGCGACUGCAGUGAGUUAACUUGA